AUGCCUGUCUCCGCUUCCAAGGCUGCUCGUCUGGCCAAAAAGGCCGAGAAAGGCGAAAAAAAGACUGCCGCCUCCAGAUUGUCCUCAAAGGCAAACUCUAAGAAUGCGUCGACAAAUGGCUCCAAAGCCUCCUCUGUCACCGGUGAUGACGACCCUCCUAUGCUCGACGAAGAUGAACAAGACGCUCCCGCAACAAGUGCCGAAAAGAUGGACAAGGUCAAACAAUUGACCGCCCAGAUGGAUAAACAUGGACUUUCCGAUCGAGUCACCACUGGUGUGCUUGCCUCAUUAGAGGCCAGUCGAGAUGUCAAGAUCACUUCUGCUUCUUUGGUCUUCCACGGCAAGGUUCUUAUUCAAGAUUCCACCAUCGAAGUCAAUUUUGGUCGAAGAUACGGCCUGCUUGGUGAAAACGGUUGUGGCAAAUCUACAUUGUUGAAGGCGAUUGAGAAGAGAGAAUACCCAUUCCCAGAACACGUGGACAUUUACUUGCUGAAUGAGGGCGCUCCGCCUACGGAUAUGGGUGCCCUUGAAUGGGUCAUUAAGGAGGCAGAGAAAGAAGUCAAGAGAUUGGAUGAUUUGGCCGAAGAAAUUUUGGAAAAGGACGGUCCCGAGAGUCCCACCUUGAUGGACAUCUACGAGCGUUCCGAAGCCAUGGAUCCAAAUACGUUCGAAGUUCGAGCCUCCCUGAUUCUUACCGGCCUCGGUUUCAACAAGAAAACCAUGCACAAAAAGACCAAAGACAUGUCCGGUGGUUGGAGAAUGCGUGUGGCACUGGGUCGGGCACUUUUCGUCAAGCCUUCUCUACUCCUCCUUGACGACCCCACCGCCCAUCUUGAUCUCGAAGCCUGUGUGUGGCUGGAAGAAUAUUUGAAGAAGUGGGAUAAGACCUUGAUCUUGGUUUCGCACUCCAUGGACUUUUUGAAUGGCGUUUGCACCAACAUGAUCGACAUGAGACAAAAGCAACUAUUGUACUAUGGUGGUAACUACGACUCGUACUUGAAGACUCGAACCGAACAAGAAACCAAUCAGCAAAAGGCGUAUGUCAAGCAACAGGAAGAAAUUGCUCACAUCAAAAAAUUCAUUGCUUCCGCCGGCACCUAUGCCAACUUGGUUCGACAAGCAAAAUCCAGACAAAAGAUUUUGGACAAGAUGGAAGCCGAUGGAUUCAUCCAACCCGUUGUACAAGAUCGAGUCUUCACCUUCAGAUUUGCCGAUGUUGAGAAGUUACCACCUCCGGUUUUGUCCUUUGAUGAUGUUACUUUCAGCUAUUCCGGAAAGCCGGAAGACAACCUUUUCGAAAAUCUGGAUUUGGGUGUCGACAUGGAUAGCCGAAUGGCUCUUGUGGGACCCAAUGGUGUGGGCAAAUCGACUUUGCUUCGGAUCAUGACAGGAAAACUCUCCCCCACCAGUGGCUCCGUCAGCAGACACACCCACCUGAAACUCGGUCUCUAUUCUCAACACUCCGCCGAUCAACUGGACUUGACCAAAUCAGCCCUGGAUUUCGUUCGUGACAAGUACGCAUCCACAUCACAGGACUAUCAAUAUUGGCGCCAGCAGCUUGGUCGGUAUGGUCUCUCCGGAGACGCCCAGACCGCAUUAAUGGGGACCUUGUCAGAAGGCCAAAGAUCUCGAGUUGUGUUUGCCCUUUUGGCCAUCGAAGGCCCUAAUAUGUUACUUCUGGAUGAACCUACCAACGGUCUUGAUAUUCCUACCAUUGAUUCUCUGGCUGACGCCAUCAAUGCCUUCUCGGGUGGUGUGGUGGUUGUUUCUCACGAUUUCAGAUUGCUCGACAAAAUUGCAAAGGAUAUCAUGGUGUGCGAACACAAGACAGUCCGACGAUGGGACGGCAGUAUCGGCGAAUACAAGAACUACCUCCGGAAAAAGAUGGUAUCCAUGGGUCAGGUUUAG